AGUCAGCGCGAAGGGGCGGAGAGUGGAGAUGCUCAGGACUGCGCUCCGGGGGCGGGGCCGAAGACGGAGCGUGGCGGCCAUGCAGGCCCCGGACGCAGGCCCCACGGGAGCCCACGGCCAGGACAGCCAGGAUGGCUACGGCACCCCUCGCGGUGCAGGCGAGGCGGCCACUGUAGCCGGCGGAGCUCCGCGUGUUGCGCGAGCACAGAAUGCCUCAGGGCGGGGUGAAGACGCAGCACUCACGGUCAGAAGGCCGGAAAAUCGACUACAUACUUUCGCCCUCCGUGUGCCUUUCCCGUCCCCCUUGGAGGCAGACAUUGCCUGUGGAUCCCUGGCCCCAGAUGCGGAACCCCACCGAGAGGCGAUUCGGAAGGAGCUCACAGUCAGCGGCAGCGUCCUAGCCGUCUUCUGGAGAGCUGAAGACGCACACCUCCUCCGAAUUUCCAUCAUCAACUUUCUUGACCAGCUUUCCCUGGUGAUGCGGACCAUGCAGCGCUUUGGGCCCCCUCUUUGCCGCUAAAGCUGGGCCAGGAAAAGGGGGCUGAGGCCCAGCCUUGCAUCCGGCCGUAGGCAGAGGAUCCUUCCCACAGCAGUGAUUCCUGCAGUGGUGGCCGCUUUAUUAUGGGGCCCUAACCGUUUGCCUGUACUGGACCUUGGGCCCUUGUGGUCCACUUGUUUUGUUUAGUGCCGAAGUCUUUGUCACUGCAGCAAAUAAAACAG